AUGUCGGGCGCCCUAUCUGUUCACCUGGGACUCCCUGAGGCUCAGAUCUUUCGCUUCCCUCCCGAGCCGCAUCCGCCUCUUAUCAGGCCUGCAUCACGAACGGGAUUUUCUUGGGACCGCCCUGUCGAUAUACCUUCCACUGUCUACAGCUUCAGUCUUGACGCUAGACUCCCCAUAUUUACGGCAUGCGUCUAUAUUGCUGUCGUCUGUGUUUUCAACCAUCUCAAUAAGAGAAGACAAUAUCGUCCAUGGCCUAUAACUCGCACGGCAUCUUUUACCUACUUCGCUUUCGCACACAACCUUUUGCUUAGCCUCUUUUCCGCUUGGGUAUUUUUGGGAGUAUGUCGGACCAUCAUAUCCUCUGUCCCAUCUCAACCUAGUGCACCCUAUCACAUCGUGGAGACCUUCUGCAGAUUCGACCUGUCUGAAUACAGUACAUCACGCAAUACCUUACUACCUCUGACUAUCCACGAUGAUGGUUUUUCAGGGGCCUCCCAGGCCAAGUCCCUGUGGGAGAGCGGUAUGGAUUACUAUACAUGGAUGUUCUAUAUAUCAAAAUACUAUGAGAUCAUGGAUACCCUGCUCUUGUUGGUGAAGGGAAAAAAGGUUUCUUUCCUACAGAUGUAUCACCAUGCGGGUGCCAUUAUCUGUACAUGGGUGGGCUUUUUGUACAGGACUCCCCAAGGCGUUGUGGGUGUCUCUCUAAACACAGGAAUUCACACCUUGAUGUAUCUCUAUUACUCGCUGACGACACUCAAGAUAAAAGUACCUGUUUUUAUGAAGCGUACCCUCACGCGACUACAAAUCGCCCAGUUCGUCCUGGGUGGACUGGCUUCAUGGUUGUAUGUCUUCAUCUCGUAUGACAGUCCCAUGGAUACAUCUUUGGUCCCGACCGAAGACAAGUCAGACAACCAGACAUAUAUUAAGCGCGGGGGAGAGUCCAACGUGAUCUUUUGCAUGAACAAUAGUGGCCAGGUAUUUGCAUUGAUGUUGACGACCGUAUACCUCAUCCCUUUGACUCAACUCUUUCUCCGAUUCUUUGGCCAGACUUACAAGUUGGAAACAAAGAAGAAAGCACUAUAG